AUCCUUUUCCUUGGCAUUUGGUCUUCACAUCUUCACCUCGCAUUCCCUACUCUCUCCACUCCUUCUCCAUCACUCCUCCACUUCUUCACUCAUCAACACCUUAAUUCAUCCACACCUCCACACCUCGACUCGCCACACACAACUACCAUAUCAUCAAUGGCUGCCCCUGCUUACACUCCCGUUGGAACAAACCCCUUCACCGGCGGAUUCCCCUCAGAUGAGGCCUCCGCCGCCGUCUCAUCUGCCUCGGCCUUUGGACUCGGCUAUCUCCGAAAGUUCCGCGAGGAACGUCUCUCGUCCUUGAGGCCCGUCUCAGAGUUUUUUGACAAAAACCGCUUCUCCAUGCCCACAAGCUUCUCAAAUGUCACCUCAAGAUUCAACUACAACCUCAACUACUUUCAGGGCAACUAUUUCUUGAUGUUCCUUGCCAUCACCAUCUACAGCCUGAUCACGAAUUUCAUGCUCCUGUUCAGUGUCGUCUUCGUUUUCGGUGGCAUGCACUUCCUCCAGAGAGUUCCUCCAGAGGGUAUCACCAUCGGUCAGUCCAGGUUCCAGGCCAGUCAAUUGAAGAUGGGCUUGAUCAUCAUCUCGGUGAUCCUGUUCUUCCUUAGUUCAACAGUUGGCACCGUAUUCUGGAUCGUUGGCGCCGGCGCUUUCUUCAUCUUAGGACAUGCAGCAGUGAUGCAGGAGGGCGUUGAAGGAGACUUUGUUGCCAUUGUCUGAUUGUCUUGGUGUCAAACAAGACCGUUUGUGGAAUUUUUAUAUUCCUAUCAUCCAUCUCUCAUCUCUCAUCUCCAUUUUCAUUCAAAUAAUAAACCUGCCUUUGUAAUGUAAUG